AUGGCGGGACCUCUUGCGCCGCGUGGUGCUCGAUAUUGGCACCAAGCCCCUGACCAUGCGCCAGGGGUGGCAGGCGUUGGACGGGCUCCUCAAUGCGAUUCGUGGGGUGACACUCAAAUUCAUUGCACCUACAGGCUACCUACCUGUCGUAUCAGGUUUCUCGAGCAGAGCGGUAGGGCUGUAUCGACCUUGUACGAGCCUACACGCGUGCUUCUCGAGGCGGGUGACAAAAUAUCACCUGGCCGCAUCGCCAUCGUGGGCAUGAGCGGGCGUUACCCUGACAGCGACAGCUUGGAGGAGUUUUGGAACAUCAUAGCAGAAGGGAAGAUUGCUCACAGGGAGAGCAGUCCGUCCUAUAUCAUUAACUCAGCCUGCGCAUCUGGCCUCUCUACUGUCACCCUAGCAUGUUUGUCGCUCCUCUUACAAGAGUGCAACAUAGCUGUAGCUAGAGGCACUAACAUUAUUGCUAGCCCGCCAACAUAUCACUCCCUCAGCAAAGCAGGGUUCCUGUCCACAACCAGAGGCUGCAAGACGUACCAGACCGACGCAGACAGUUACUGCAGAGGGGAAUUCGUUAAGGCCUUCUUCUUGAAGCGCCUUGAGCAUGCCGUCGCCGAUUACGACAACGUUCUGUCUGUAAUUUCCAGCCCGACACAAGCAGCCUUGUUGAUUGGAUUGCACCCGGCAAGUUGA